AUGGCAGGGAUUUCACUUUGUAAUCAUCUCCCAGGAGAAGCUGUCCGAACAGCUGCGAAGGCAAGAGCGAGCUACAAUGGACAGUGAUGUUUUUUACAGCACAAGGAGCUGAAGCUGACCAAAUUGAAUCUUUUCUGCUUUUCACUGGAGGGCUCUAUGGGCAGUUUAUAUGAGCCAGUCCCAGAGCAGCAUGCUAACAAAGAAAGCACCUCUGUUGGCACUAAGUUCCCUGAACAGCAUUACAACAGUUUUUUUGAACUCUAUAUCUGGUCAAUCUGGAGAUCUAUGUCUGAAAACAAAGGAUUUGAAAGGAAAACAGUCAAUGAUACAAUUUGGCAGGAAUCCUGCAAGCCUGAGAAUGAUCCCCACAUCAGAAGACUCUGUCAGCGGAAAGAUUUACAUGAAGAUGAUUUUCUUUUGAGUAAUAACAUGCAUACUCUUCAAGGAGAAAAACUACAAGAUGUUUCUUAUCAGAAGCUGAAGAUACAACCUUGGUUUCCUGUAUGAAAUUAUCCAAAUUUCAAGAAAAGAAAGUUAAUAAUAUUAGCACAA